CAGCAGACAAGCUUUGCUGCAGAGGCCAUGGGCUGCUGGAAGCCAGAGAAGAGCCACACCUGGACUUUCCCCACCCUGAUCCUCUGCCUCUAUGGAUUCUUCUACAUGAUGAAACCAUCAGAACCUUUCCUAACACCCUAUCUAACAGGACCAGAUAAAAACUUGACCAUAGAUGAGGUUACCAACCAGAUUUUCCCGGUUUGGACAUACUCCUACCUCGCACUCCUUUUCCCAGUCUUCCUGAUUACAGACUACCUACGCUACAAGCCCGUCCUCCUCCUCCAGGGCAUCAGCCUCAUCGUCACGUGGCUCUUGCUCCUCUUCGCACACGGAGUGGUGGCCAUGCAGGUGGUGGAAUUCUUCUACGGGAUGGUGACAGCCACCGAGGUCGCCUACUACGCCUACAUCUACAGCGUCGUCAGCACCGAUCACUAUCAGCGAGUGACGAGCUAUUGCAGAAGUAUCACUCUUGUUGCAGCCACCCUUGCCGCUGUGCUGGGACAGCUGCUGGUUUCCUUAGCAGAUGUAUCCUACUUUCACCUCAAUGCCAUUACUUUGGCUUCCGUGUCCCUGGCAUUCGUGUGUUCGUUUUUCCUCCCGAUGCCUCAAAAGAGUAUGUUCUUCCACAGGAAGGAUGUCUCAGAAACUCUCCCAGGACCAGAUAAAGCUGUGGCUACAGGCGACUCCGACAGGCCAUCGAGCGGCCAAGAGGACAAGGGCUCCGUGUCUGCUGACAGGGGACCAACACCUGAGCAGCAGGCUGAUAAUGCCAAGCCCCAGAAUCAUGUGCUCAGAGUGCUGGUGCAGCUGAGCAAGGACCUGAGGGACUGCUACAGCUCUAGGAAACUUCUCUACUGGUCCCUGUGGUGGGCUCUGGCUACAGCAGGCUUUAACCAGGUUCUGAAUUAUAUCCAAGUGCUGUGGGACUUCAGAGCCCCCUCUCACAGCUCUGCAGUGUACAAUGGAGCUGUUGAAGCAAUAGCAACUUUUUUAGGUUCGGCAACAUCCAUGGCAGUUGGAUAUGUCAAAGUAAACUGGGAUCUUUCUGGAGAACUGGCUUUGGGAAUUUUCUCUGCAAUGGAUGCUGGUUCUCUGUUUCUCAUGCGCUUUACUGACAACAUCUGGGCAUGUUAUGCUGGUUACCUUGUGUUUAAAGCAUGCUAUAUGCUCCUUAUAACAAUAGCAACGUUUCAGAUUGCCGUCAAUCUCAGCAUGGAACGUUAUGCUUUGAUGUUUGGCUUCAACAAUUUUGUUGCACUGGUGAUUCAGACAAUUUUAACUGUGGUUGUAGUAGAUUCAAAAGGUCUGGGACUGGAUAUCAGCACCCAGUUUCUCAUUUAUGGCAGCUACUUUGCAUUCACAGCCGGAAUUUUCCUGAUCAGAAGCAUAUACACCAUUAUCUCCAUCAAAUGCAGAAAUACCAGCGCGGCUGGUGAAAGCAUUGAUCAGUAA